CGCUGCGCGCUCCUUGUGUCGGGUCCGACUGGCGGCGCGGCAGCAUGGCGGGCGCGGGCCCGAAGCGGCGCGCGUCGGCGGCUCCCGCUGCGGCCAAGGAGGAGGAGCAGCAGGCGCAGGAGCGGAUGCUGGCUGCUCAGCGCGCGGAGGGCGCGGAGGGCGCGGGGGACGCGGGGGACGCGGGGGGCGAGGGCGUGACCCUACAGCGCAGUAUCACGCUACUCAACGGCGUGGCGAUCAUCGUGGGCACCAUCAUCGGCUCAGGCAUCUUCGUGACGCCCACGGGCGUGCUCAAGGAGGCCGGCUCGCCAGGUCUGGCGCUGGUGGUGUGGGCCGUGUGUGGCGUGCUCUCUAUCGUGGGCGCGCUCUGCUAUGCGGAGCUGGGCACCACCAUCUCCAAGUCGGGCGGCGACUAUGCCUAUAUGCUCGAGGUCUAUGGCUCGCUGCCCGCCUUCCUCAAGCUCUGGAUCGAGCUGCUCAUCAUCCGGCCGUCUUCGCAGUACAUCGUGGCGCUCGUCUUCGCCACCUACCUGCUCAAGCCGCUCUUCCCCACCUGCCCGGUGCCGGAAGAGGCCGCCAAGCUCGUGGCCUGUCUCUGCGUGUUGCUGCUCACGGCCGUGAACUGUUACAGCGUAAAGGCUGCCACCCGGGUCCAGGAUGCCUUCGCCGCCGCCAAACUGCUGGCACUGGCUUUGAUCAUUCUGUUGGGCUUCAUCCAGCUCGGCAAGGGUGACGUGACCAAUCUGGAUCCCAAGUUCUCAUUUGAAGGCACCAACCUGGACGUGGGGAACAUUGUGUUGGCAUUGUACAGUGGUCUCUUUGCCUAUGGGGGUUGGAAUUACUUGAAUUUUGUCACAGAGGAGAUGAUCAACCCUUACAGAAACCUGCCCCUGGCCAUCAUCAUCUCCCUCCCCAUCGUCACCCUGGUGUAUGUGCUGACAAACCUGGCCUACUUCACCACGUUGUCCCCCGAGCAGAUGCUGACGUCGGAGGCCGUGGCCGUGGACUUCGGGACCUACCAUCUGGGCGUCAUGUCCUGGAUCAUCCCCGUCUUCGUGGGCCUGUCCUGCUUUGGCUCCGUCAACGGGUCCCUCUUCACGUCCUCCAGGCUGUUCUUUGUGGGGUCCAGGGAGGGCCACCUGCCCUCUGUCCUCUCCAUGAUCCACCCGCGGCUCCUGACGCCCAUGCCCUCCCUUGUGUUCACGUGCAUCAUGACCCUGCUGUAUGCCUUCUCCAGUGACAUUUUCUCCGUCAUCAACUUCUUCAGCUUCUUCAACUGGCUCUGUGUGGCCCUGGCCAUCACCGGGAUGCUGUGGCUCCGCUACAAGAGGCCCGAGCUGGAGCGACCCAUCAAGGUGAACCUGAUACUCCCUGUGUUCUUCAUCCUGGCCUGCCUGUUCCUGAUCGCCGUCUCCUUCUGGAAGACCCCUGUGGAGUGUGGCAUUGGCUUUGUCAUAAUUCUCAGUGGCCUGCCGGUCUACUUCCUUGGGGUCUCUUGGAAAAACAAGCCCAAGUGGCUCCUCCAGGGAAUCUUUUCCACAACAGUCCUUUGCCAGAAGCUCAUGCAGGUGGUCCCCCAGGAGACAUAAGGGAGAAGAGCCGGGAAGCUGCCGGACAGAAAACGCACAAAGAUCGUUUUAAAACAACUCGCCCACCUAAAAAUUGACUCCGGUCCGUCAUCCACGGCAGCUCAGCGGAGCGCCCCACACUGUCCCCCACCAGGUCAGGCGCCGGGGCCACUGUGAAAAACCGGUACGAAUUUAGUCCCAGAAGACGAACUUUUAUCAAUACCUCUUCGUGAGUGUGAGGCGCGAGGGCUGAACUGAGAAGAUGGGAGGAGGCCGGGGCUCCUGACCAACAACAGACUUUUGCCAUCUCGGGCCCUUCUCCCUUCCCACCUUUUUUCAUUCGUAUUUUUUUUUUUAACUUAAAUAUUGGGUCAAGUCGAUGCCACCAAGAUGAUUAUUUUUUAAAGAAGUGGGGGAGGGCAGGUGGGGAGAAUCACUCGUGCCCUAAUGCUGCCCGCAGCCUCAGCGAGGUCAGGUCCUGUCAUCCGGUGUGGCUCCAGCACCAGCUCCAGCACCGUCCCACGGCAGGAGGGAUUCUGAGAGCUGAACACUCUAGCUGCCAUCGAGCUACCAAGACUCAGCCUCAUGGUGUCGGCAGCGGACUUGCACUGACAGACACUUGGCUUCCUUAUGUUUUUGGUAUAGAUGUAGUGACAUUGGGAAAACUAACCCUGGGCUUAUGUCUCUGCCUUAAAGACCCGAGGCAGAUCCCUCCCUGACACCCAGGAACGAGAGAGAAAAUCUCUGAAAUGGCUGCCUUCAGAGAAGUUUGUAGGAGACAAAGGACUUGGGCUGAUUCUGACACCAGCCCCAGCUCCACAGAAAGAGCCAGUUGCUGUGCCUGGUGUCUGUAGCCAGCGGGGUUCGGAGCAGAGGUCACGGGCAGCUGGUCGCUCCUGGAGCUCCCUCCAGGACGUGCCAAGCUGGUUUCCGGCUAGACCCCGGUCAUUAAUGACACCGGGGGCCUCUGAAUUUGUUCAUCCUGCCUGGACUGCGGCCUGAGCAGAGGCAGAAAGGCAGGAGGAUUCGGACAUCUCCUGCUGGUGGGCAGUGGGCAGCACGCUAGGUGUGGCCCUCAGGUGAUGCUGCCUCCCGGCCCAUGAUGCAUCCAGUACGCGAACUGACUCCAGGUCUCAGACAAAGUCUCGGGCAUGAAAUCUUCUAGAAACAAGCACAACAAGGGAGGCAGAUGCUGUGACCCGUAAUGGGCUUCCCAUCCAGUUCCUGUAAGGCAGCCCCUCCCAGGGUCCACAAAAGUGGCCUCGCUGGCUGGAUGGCAGCCCCAAUAUGCUGUCUGGGUCUGGCUUCUGGCUCCUGGCCUGUGCUGGACUUGAUCCCAAUCGGAGGAUGACGGAGCCCAGCAUUUCUCACCACUCCAUCUCUGCACCUGUCCUGGAGGCCCUGACUUUCCAGGAGUCUGACUUGCAGCUCAGCACACCUCCCGUCCCCUCCAGGGAGCCUGGGCUAGCAGGCUUUUGUCCUUGUAGCUCCCGUGGUGUUUUCCCUGAGGGUGCAGCUGAGGCCCAGCUAAUGUGUCCAGCCACCACUGGCUUUCCUGAACUGUUACUGUGUCCAGGCAACCCAUCUGGGAAACAUCAGCUAAGGCGAGGUCGUCCUCCUCUAGGCCCCCAUCGUAGGUGCUGGGGCUCUGCCUUGGCCUCUGACCACUGAUCUUCCCUCGGGGAGAUUGAGCUGAGCCCUCAUUGCUCAGCCACAUGAGCUCCAAAUGGCCAGUCCAGCUGGCCACCACCCACCUGGGCUCCGGGACAUCCACACGGUCCAAUAAAUCCAAAGGAACCUGGGUUGUGCCGUGAGGGUGAAAAGGAUUUGUCCAGAUGUCCAUGUCCUCUCCCCACCUCCUAUGCUGGGAAGGGGCAGGCCUGGUCAGGAGACCUGUGCCAUCUGGUGGCUCCUGAUGUGAGAGGACAGACCACCACAGAAGUCGCCUCAAUGAACUCCAUCCUCCUUGGGCUAUAUUCCCCUCAUCUGGGGUGGAGCUUGACGUCUGAAGGCAGAAAGUUCCCAAGGAAGUCAAAAGACCUCAUUGUAGACUUUCUGUGUUGGGCAGAACCCCUGCCCUGGGCCUCAGUGUUCUCAUCUGCAAAUGGGGGCAGUAGCCGGUAUAUCACCUGCCUUUUGGGUUUGUGCACAUCCAGGAGACUGUGCACCUCAUGGUGACCGCAGUCCUGUGCAUAGGUGGCAGGAUGCUGCCUGGGGUGCACUGCCUUUCCACAGGGGUCCAGCAUCUGACUGAGCAGAAUGUCAGUCAGCUUCCUCCCUAGGGUAGGGGGCACUUGGGCUGCUGUCCUGGUUCAAACCUCUGGCUCUGGGAGGAUGGAUACAGCCUUUCGGGAUACAGGGAGCCAGGUGACCCUGUCCAGACCACAGUGGCCACCUCACGAUAGCCUGCUUCAGCAGCCUGCGGACAGGUGUGGGGACCCACAGUGUCCGUCAUGGGGAAUUGGGGCAGUGUCACCCCUGUAGGGGUAGGCUGGGGUCCCUUUCACACAAGCAGGGGCUGGAGGGGGCACUGAGAGGUCAAAGGCAGUUCCCCAGCGUUUGGGCUGGGACCUCUGCUGUGAAGGUGGGUUGGGGGGCCUAAUCUAUGAUUCUUGGAGCUGUAUCCCCCGACCCAGCCCAGUCUAGGGACCCUCCCCAGAAGGCAAGGACUGCGUCCUGAGGUGCCAAAUCAGGUCUGUCUGCUGAGUGGGUUCACCUGUGGCUACGAGGCCCUGCCCGUUUGCAGACACCCUGGGGCCCUGCCGUGGUGGCAUCUGGGGAGGCAGACUUUUUCUGACCACUCUACUGACAAGUGUCCUGAGCGUUCACAUUUAUGGAGAUUAAUUUUUUUUAUACAAGUCCUGGCAUGACCAGCAAGUGUUUGUCCAGUCGUUCUGCUAUUCUAUUUUGUCCUAACGUCUCACUAAUAAUGUAAAGGAUGCUGGUGGCACUAUAUUUAUUUGCGGGGUCGGUUCAGCCUGGUUUCUCCAGUGCGUUUUCACUGUCCUUGCAUCUCUGUUGGUGUCCCCAGCACGUCAGUGCUGCCACUGUGGCAUUGUUGUCAGCCUGGCCAAAACACCUCUGCCAUGUAAUGACGUGUGUGGCUUCAAUGUCUCUUUCUCGUCUCCUGUUAAUAGCUAAUCUGUUACAUUUGGCUGCGUUGGGGUGGGGGAGUUCUGUUUUUUUGUGGGUUUUUUGUUGUUGUUUUUAAAGAAACACGAUCAAAAUUAUAAGUACUGCUGGUGGC